AUGGUUUCCAUUGUCUCUGGCUAUGGAAUCUUAAAUCUUAUUGAUGUUGGCUUCUUUGUCUGUUUCAAUUCCUUUCUGUCAUUGUUAACUGUGAUGCCAACAAGGGUGGUAAUGAUCGUUUGGAAGCUUCUGAAAACAAGGAAGUUCAAGAGGCUGUCUCCAGUUGAAUUGUCGGAUUUUGGCUAUUUUAUUAUUAUGGCUUGUGGAAUCACUGUUUUGCAGCAAAUAGAUAUCAGCUUCAUAUAUCAUAUAAUCCGUGGUCAAGCAACAAUCAAACUGUAUGUGAUCUACAACGUCUUAGAGAUUUGUUUCAGAGUUGUUGAACGAAUUUGUGAUCAUCUUGAAGAAAUUGAUAUUGUGCGUUUUGGCACCAAUAAUCUCCUUGAAUGCAUAACUGAUAAUCACCUACAUUCCAUGCGGUUGGUAGAUUGCUGGAAUAUUUCUGAUAAAGGGUGUUGUGAAGCUGUGAGAAAGCUUCUGCGAUUAGAGAUGAUUGAUAUUUUACUUACCAACUUACACAAAGACUCUCUCAAAAUCCUUGGUCGAUCUUGCCCUCUUUUGAAGUCACUUACAUAUUCUAUUGAAAGGUCGUUGGAAUAUCGUGAGUAUAAUGCUAUAGCUUUUGUUAUCGCUGAAACUAUGUUUGAAUUACUUCGAUAUAGCAGAAGACGAGUUUAA